AUGGGAAACGAUGGUGGAUCUAUACCUCGACGCAUUGAGCUCGUCAAAGAGAAACAAAGACAAGUUCUUCUCAAUCCUGAUUUGGAAAGAAUCGCUGCUUGGUUUUAUUGUGCCUUAUCAAAGGUAGUACUCGAGACCCCUAUUGUUUCAGAUGGUUUAGGGAAAUUAUAUAACCAAGAUGCCAUAAUAGAAUAUUUGAUAGACAAAAGUGUAUAUGGUGAUGCGGACAAGAUCUGUUCGCACAUCACAUCACAAAAGGAUGUCAAGCUGUUAAACUUGACAGUGAACCCAGCCUACAGCGAAAAGAAAAUAAACCAAGAGUCAGCAACUGUAGGAAGUUUGGAUAAGGAUGUGAAAAAAAUGAACGGAAAGCAUCGAUUUGUUUAUCUGGAUACAUGUGGAUGCGUUUUUGCUGAACAGGCACUGAAAGAGAUUCCAAGCAAAGAAUGCGUCACUUGUGGAAAACCUUUUGAAAGUGAGAACGUUAUUGUGAUCAAUCCACCUAAAGAAGAGCAAGAGAAAAUGAGAAAAAUUAUGGAAGAAAAAAAGGCAAAAGCGAAAGCCGAAAAGAAAGCAGCAAAGAAGAAUGGGGAAAGUAGCAAGAAGCGUAAACGACAACAUGAUACUGAUGAUAAGGCUACAGCAGCAGCAGCAGGUCUGCUUUCAUCAAAGAAGAUAGCUAAACCUACUAUUCAGUCCUCAGCAGCAACAGCAGUUUUGGAUAAGGUGGCACAAGAUUUAGCAGCAAAGAAGAAGAGCACCAUUUUGUCGAGUGCGGUGAAGAGUAUUUAUGGCAGUGGAAAGGACAAGAAGGAACCAGCCGGGAAUUACCUUACAAAGGGAACAUUUACUCGUUAUUAA